UCCCUCAGCGCCUGUUCGCUGCCCGCAAUCGCCGACUGCCCGGGCGCCCGGCAGCGCAUCCGAACGAACGACGUCCACGCGACCGUGUUUACGAACGUUACCCAUUCAAACCUUUUGUGUGCAGUGCAUCUGUUUGGAUUGUUUGAACCUAUUUACGAAAGUUGGAGGUGGCAUUGAAGCUGCAUCUAUAGCAUCGCGAUAACAUCAUGGCUGCUAACGGAUACGGCCCUACGCCUGUCACUGGACAUAUUGGCCGCAUCCCUAAUUACGGCAAGACUCAAGUCAAUCCAAUGGGUGGUAUCGAGCCUCCAGCUUGUAUACAAAAUGCAAUGAUGACUAAAGAUAAGAAACCCUUCACGUAUACUCCUGGUGGAUUAGAUCUAUCACAAAUUAAGACACCGAGUAUGGCAAGGAGGUUGGCACGACAACGUUCACAGGAAGAACAGGAACAGGCUUAUGCACAACAACAUCCUAAUAGUGUGUAUCAUCCUCAAGGAGGACCAGCGCCACCACCUCCUCCUCCCCCACCUUCCAAAAUACCAGCUCCUCCACCACCACCACCUCUUGUCAUUGAAGCACCAAAAACCAAAUCUCCUAAGCCAGUAGCACUAGGAGAGCGACCGGAAAUUGUCAUACCCGAAAAUCCUAUUGGGAUGCUAAGAAAAACUAAUAGUCCUUAUCAUUGGGAGGCAGAACAGGCAGAAAUACAACGCAUAGGUCCUGUCCCUAAAUUUGUUGAUAAAGUUCCUAGUCCUUUGACAGUAAAAUUACCUUCAAAUAAUUCUUAUCAAAACUAUUCGACACCAAAUAAUGUUCAGCGACCAAACUAUUCAUGUGGAAAUCAGAAUCAAGCACCCGAUAGUCCGCUACAUAGACCAGAGGCACAAUACGCCCAUCAGAAAUCUAGUCCAUCGAACCCAAAUAACAUUUCGCCAACUAGAGAAACUUUAGUACGCCAAGAUUCUCAAUUUAAUAAGAGUCCUCAGCCCUACGGAAAUCAGUCACCAUUGAUCCAAUCACCGCAAAACUCUGGCUCGCCGUAUUCACCUAGUGCAAAUAUUCAUUGGAGGCAACCAGAAAGACGAGAUUCACCGGGAGGUACAACCAAUAGCCCACAAUCUCCACACUUAAACCGAGGACCUUUCUCUUCUGUUAAGCAAAACAAUCCAAGCUACAACCAAAAUGCGCCUAAUAAUUCUGUGUUUCAUACUCUGCCGAGAGCUGGGCAGAGAAAUCAGGAUAAUUUUGCAAAUAAUAAGAGCAAUUACAAUAAUACAAUUUCUAACAAUAUAAAAGAAACUCAACCGAGUCAAAUUAAUGAAUCAACAAACACUGCUCCUUGGCGAACUAAUACUCUUAAUAGGUACCCAAAGGAAACUCAAGGUGUUGUUGAUAACAAUCAGAAUACUAAUCAACAACCAGUAUAUAAUCCACCAUGGAAAACAACUGAAAAUAAUAACAAUCAAAGUCAAAAUCAAGAUUAUAAUAACCAGCAACAAUAUGUUCCUCCUUGGGUAGUGCAAGAAACAAGUAAUAACAGAAUACAAGAUACAGCUCCCUGGAGGUCACAAGAUCAUACAGGCAAAUCGGUUACUCCCUCUUCUCCAGAAAGGCGUUAUCAAUCUUCAAUAUCUAUACCAGUGACACCAAGAAAACAAAUUUCACAACCAGAGUAUAAUAACACUCAGAAAGAAGCAGUAUAUGUAAACCAAGAACCUGUCUAUUACUGUCCUGACAGUCCCAAAUCAAUACCACCAUGGGUAAAAACACAAAAAGAAAAAACAAAAACACCACCUCCAGUUUGGUGCCAAAGGCCAUUAGAAGGAAGAAAAAGUGCUUCAAGGGAGUUAGCUACGCCACCCAGAGAUACAAAUCAGGAGCCAGAAUGGGUAAGAAAAAGUAGUGAAAUGCAACAAAAUGUACGUGAAGUUAUUAGUCCUCCUAAAUAUCAACAACCCGUACAACCCAAUUGGUCGACUAGGCCUUCCGAAAAUAGGAAAAGUUUACCAAGAGAAAAUACACAAAGCGCACCUUCAGGCAGAAUUAUCCCUAUACAGAUGGAAGUCUCAAAUACAGAAUCAAGAAAUCAGAGUAGACAGGGGGGUAAUCAGCCUCAAUUAAGAAUCGUUAUUGAUAUGAAACAAAACCCUGAAUCUCAGAACUAUAACAACACACAACAACAACAGCCUAUGUCUCAACCGACACAACGUAUUAUGAGAGUACUAUCUCCGCAACUCGUAAGGAUGGACGAAUCAAGUCAAAAGCAGCCAGACUUGCCGACGUUGAACAGAAAUUUCCAGAAUAGUCAGGACAGUCAACCAAAAACGCGAAUAAUUCCAAUUCAAAUUGAAGGCGGGAACAACGGUGGGGCAAACAAAAGCGUGUACUACCACAAAUUUACACAAAAUGGUUCACCGCAGCAGUCCAAAGCUUUCAAGGUUCUGCAGGUCAUAACGGGAACGGGCGAUAGCAUUGAGCUUGACUUGGAAAAUCGUCACAGUUAUUCGGAUUUGUAAUAGUUAGAUUUAAUUAAAUAAUAAAAAAAUUCUAAUUUAAUGUUUUCUUAGAUAGUUCGUGGUUGAAAAAUAUGACAUACUUUAAAAUAAUAUUUUGAUAUAAAAGUUAGCAAUUAUUUAACGCUUAUUCGAAAUAAUUAACUUUACAUUCUUACUUUACCAAUUACUUUAUUUUGACAAAAGAAAUUUAAGAAGUUUUUUCGUAAGCACGGUAGGAUAAAAGAUUUUUUUUUGUAAAGAUCUAAAAACAAAUGUUAUUAAACUUGACGCGCGGGAAAUAACGAGCUACGUAAACAAGUAGAUAUUGAUAAUAUUAUUUAUUUAAUUAUACACAUAAUAUACUAUAAUUUUAAGUAAUUAAGAUCUAAAUCGAAUACUAAGUUCUGCUUAUGUGAUUAAAAAAUAAAAACUAAUGCUCAUAAAAUACGGCUAAUAUACCAAAGAAUAAUUAGGAUUUUAAUUAAUUAUAAGAUGUUAUAUUUUAAGGAUUAUUUACAAUAAGUAUUUAAUUUAUGAUUACAAGUUACCAUUACAUAGUGAACACAUUAUUUUAUUUAUUAACAAAAAUAAUGGUAAUACACUCUGAUGUAUUUAAACUAGUGCUCUAAUAAACAAUACCCUAUAAUCCCUAUAUCUAUUAUUUUUUUUUAAUAUAUAAUUAAUAACAUUUAAUUAUUAAUAUUAAUAUAUCAUAUUUUCUUAUUUGUUUAUUAUAUAGAAAAAUAAAAAUAAAAUCAUUUAUUUCUAUAAUCUCUGGUACAAUUCAUCACCGAGUCUUCCCAGUUUGUUUAUUAUAUGUGUAUGUAUAAACAUAAACUUUAUUUUUCCUACAUACCUUUCCUACGUUCCUACUAAUAAAUUAACAAGGUUUCGACCGAUAUUUCAGUAACAAAAUUAUUUCCAAUAUUAUAAAGAGUUCCCAAAAUGCUGGUUUGUUAUUAAUUCGUUUGUUAUUAACCAAAGUAAUAAAUUACUUGCUUAGUGCCAUGGUAAUACUGAUUAUACAAAAUUAUUAUUAUUACUUUAUUCAUAAUCACCUAAAAAUAAUUUCUACUAUUUAUAACAUGCACGACAUAAAUAGAGACAUUAAUAAAUUAUUAUUAUUUUUAUAUGUCUAAAAUUUAUACAAUAACCGUUACGACAUAUUUAUUGAUAUUUAUUUAUAUUAUUAUAGAGAGUUAUAAUAGUAAAAUUUAUUGAUUUUUAUUUAGGUUUGGAAUGAAAAAUACUGAUUUGUUUAAUCAGAAUUAUCAUGAUCGUAAGUGAAAUUCAAACAGACAGGGGUGUGGCAAUCUAGUCAGUGUGAUCUUUAUAUAAGUAUAUUUCUAUUUUAUAUGAAUUUACUAUGUUAUUGCAUUAUUUAAGUCUAGCAAUAUGUAUACUAUUUUAUUUUAAUAUUAUAGAUAAUACGUACGGAAGAGUUUUUUUUUAAAUAAAUGCCAAUAAAUGUUA